AUGGAGUGCAGUUCAGACGAGUCGUCAGAGCUAAGUGAUAUUGAUAUCCAUGACUAUGCUGACAAGGCAUACACGGACCUCAAGUCUGGCAGGCUUGUGGCGAGGUUCGGCGCCGACAGGUUUAGAUGCCCGUUCUGCCCCGGGAAGGAGGACUGCCGUUACAAUGAGCUGCUUCAGCAUGCAAUUGGUGUGGGCGCAUCCAACCAUGCUGCCGAAGUGAAGGCAAACCAUCUGGCAUUGGCCAAUCAUCUCAAGACGGACCAUGCUGAUGCAGCAGGCUCAUUGCCGCCGCGACAAGCCGAGGCGCUAAUGAAUCCUCCAAGGCCUCUGCAAGAUCAGGAGCUGUUUGUUUGGCCCUGGAUGGGCAUCCUUGCCAAUGUUCCAGUAGAGGAAACACAGAGAGGUGGAGCCAUUAUAAUGCAACAAUUAGCUGGUUUCAAACCCAUACGUUUUGAUGCUGUGCAUUGUCCUGACGGCGUGUACACUGGCUUUGCAAUAGUCCGUUUCAAAAAGGAUUGGAUCGGGUUCAAGGAUGCCUUGGGAUUCCACAACUACCACAAAUCACAUCAUCUGGGUAAAACGGAUUGGGAGGCAAAUAAAUGUGAGAAGUACAUGUUUGCUUGGCUGACAAAAGAGGAGGAUUACAGAGCCGAUGAUCCAGUUGGCAAGUUCUUGUCAGAAAAUGGUGAUCUGAAGACAGUGGCUGAAGUGCAACAGGAGAUGUCCCGCAAGACUGACACUCUCAUAGCUCGUUUGACGAGCCAGAUUAGUGCUAAGAGCAAGUACUUAACGGAACUUGAGUGCAAGUGUAAUCAGAUGGAUCUCGCUCUUCAAAGGGCCAUGGAAGAUAGCGACUCGCUGAACCAACGCUACAACGAAGAAAUGGGAAAGGUGCAGUCAACUGCCCGUGAACAUUCAUUGAAUUUUUUUCAUGAGACUGAUCAGCUGAGAAAGCAGUUGGAUGAGAAAGCGAACGACAUCAAAAGGAGAUCCAAGCAAUUAAGUGAAAUAGUUGCUCAAACUGACAUGGAGAGAAGAAAACUGGAGAAUGAGAGGACGAAGAAUGAUGGUCAAGACGACUCCCUCGACAUGGCCAGAAUUGAGCAAGAAAAAGCCAAUGAAAGUGUGCGGAUUCUUGUUGAGAAAUACGAAAAAGAGAAGGAAGUCGCUCUGAUUGAAACCUUGCAGUUAGAGAAGCAGCUUGAUGAGAAGCGUCGGCUGGAGCUGGAUAUUCAACAGCUUAGAGGCAAACUGGGGGUGGUGAAGCACAUGGAUGGAGAGGGCGUCGAUGUGAAGAAACGUAGUGAAGAGCUGAAUAAGGAUCCACAGGAUAGAAUCGACGCGGCGGAAGACCUUGAAGAGCUAAAUCAAGCUCCGACUAUCAAGGAAAGGAUGACCAAUGAUGAAAUAAAACUUGAGCUUGUUGGUUUACAGGGCUCGGUGGAUCCGUUGGGCCCUGGUAGCAACAUUGGAAUCAGGAGGAUGGGUCAAGUGGAUGAGAAGCCGUUUGUUGAAGCUUGCAAGCCAAAGUACGGCGCGGAGGCGGAUGCUAAAGCUCUGGAAUUAUGCUCCAUGUGGCAAGACAAUCUGAGGGAUGCUAACUGGCACCCUUUCAAGAUAGCGACCACAGGUGGAUGUCCCCGGCAAAUCAUCGACGAGGGUGACGAGAAGCUGGUGGAGUUGAAGGAGGAGCUGGGUAAAGAGGUUUACAAGGCUGUGACCACUGCGCUAGUGGAGAUGAACAACAAAGAGAACAUCCUCAAGCAGUGCAAGGCGAAACCAUUUCCACGGCACCCCGGCGCUGAUGUUCUUGAGAGGCUUCGACAAAUGGAGAUUGGACUUGGCACACUCCUGUACUUGCACGAUUGGCUCACGGUCGCCCCCACGUUCCUCCCGUGGUUGCACCCGGCGCCCCUAUAUUACACCCGUAUCUCCACCGAGCUAUUCGACCUUGUGGUGACCGAUGGCGCCUCCGCUCGCGAUAUCUGGCUCGAACUCCGCCGGCUGUGCCAGGACAACCGCAACGCUCGCGUCUCCGUCCUCAACACGGAGCUCGGCCCUCGCCUCCUCCUGGCGUCGGUUGCCUCGCAGUGGUACGCUGGCUGA